GAAACAUUUUUAUCCCCGAAGCCGCGGUUCAGUAGCGACAGAGUUACCUGGGGAUCUGCUCUUCGAAUUCAUUCAUUUAAAUUUAUUCAAGGAUCUUCUAGCGGGUCUGGUAUCGCGUGUGCAUAUAUCGUGCGUUGUGACGCGAGGACAGUGCGCUUUACGAACAGCUAAUUUUACGCUAUUAUUCUCUCGCUUUUUUCAUUUUUAUGCCUGAUCUAUUCGGCUUUGGGGUGAGUGUCGUCACACUACAAUGAUCGAGAGACCAGAUUCUGCCGUUUCCAGCAUAGCACAGAGGAAUCUGGAGGGGUAUGUCGGUUUCGCCAACCUCCCCAACCAGGUGUACAGGAAGUCUGUGAAGAGGGGUUUCGAGUUCACCCUGAUGGUCGUGGGUGAGUCUGGUUUGGGGAAGUCCACCCUCAUCAACUCCCUCUUCCUGACUGACCUGUACUCCAAAGACUACCCCGGCCCCUCCCAGCGCAUCAAGAAGACGGUGCAGGUGGAACAGUCCAAAGUGCUGGUGAAGGAGGGUGGGGUUCAACUCACACUCACCAUUGUGGACACUCCAGGGUUUGGAGAUGCAGUGGACAACAGCAACUGCUGGCAGCCUGUCAUUAACUACAUCGACAGUAAGUGCGAGGACUUCCUGAAUGCAGAGUCCAGGGUGAACCGGAGACUGAUGCCAGACAACAGGGUCCACUGCUGCCUGUAUUUUAUCGCCCCCUCUGGCCACGGACUGAAGCCCCUGGACAUUGAGUUCAUGAAGCGGCUCCACGACAAAGUCAACGUCAUCCCCCUCAUAGCCAAAGCCGACACUCUGACACCCGAGGAGUGCCAACUCUUCAAGAAACAGAUCAUGAAGGAGAUCCAGGAGCACAAGAUAAAGAUCUAUGAGUUUCCCGACACGGAGGACGAUGAAGACAGCAAGCUCAUCCGCAAGAUAAAGGAGAGAAUGCCUCUUGCUGUCGUCGGCAGCAACGUGGUGAUUGAGGUCAAUGGCCGGAAGGUCAGAGGUCGUCAGUACCCCUGGGGCGUAGCAGAAGAGGGCAUUUUUGUGGAGAAUGGGGAGCACUGUGACUUCACUGUCCUGAGGAACAUGUUGAUCAGGACUCACAUGCAGGACCUGAAGGAUGUGACCAACAACGUCCACUACGAGAACUACCGCAGCAAGAAGCUGGCAGCGGUCACCUGCAACGGAGUGGACGCCACCAAGGCCAAGGGCCAGCUGACCAAGAGCCCCCUGGCACAGAUGGAAGAGGAGAGGAAGGAGCAUGUCAUGAAGAUGAAGAAGAUGGAGACCGAGAUGGAGCAGGUGUUUGAGAUGAAGGUCAAAGAGAAGAAACAGAAACUGAAGGAUUCAGAGGCUGAGCUGGAGCGCCGUCAUGAACAAAUGAAGAAGAACCUUGAGGCCCAAUACAAGGAGCUGGAGGAGAAGAGACGUCAAUUUGAGGAAGAGAAAGCCAACUGGGAGGCACAGCAGCGUGUGGAGCAGCAGAAACUGGAGGCCUCAAAGACCAUGGAGAAGAAUAAGAAGAAGGGGAAGAUCUUUUGAAAGUCCUUUUGUCAGAUUAAACACACACUACCUUCUUUUACUUUACAUCAAUUUGUCCUCUGCUGGCCACCUGAGCUGCCCCUCCCCCUUUUACCAGACACAAGCGUGCACAUACACACACACGCAUACAGUUUGAGUGUAUGAGAAUGUGUAUGUGCGUCAGGUGGAAAUUGUGAUGAAAAUGCACCACUCCAAUCACUUGGGGUUACAGAUGCUGAAUAGCCAUACUAAAACACAGAGUGGACUUUACACAAACACCACACAAAGACUACACUUUGCACACACAACAACCUUCACACACUGCAUUUACAUUUAUACACACCUUAAAAAUGACUCUCGCUGGAGUCCCACAGUCUCCACCGUCUCUGCCAGGACAGGUAACGCACACACCUGGAACAGGUGUAAUUCACAAACGGAUGCGUUUGCUGUGGGGAAUGUCUGUGAUGACAGCAUUUUGACCAGCUUGAAUUGUUCUGAACUGUGUGUUUUGUAUAGGUAUUUGCAAUAAUAAUAACAUAUUCACACAAAAUUACACUGUUGUGAGAUCACAUGAAAUUGAUUUUCAAGAUUGAAUAUUUUUGUGAUUAAGCAAAUACACCAAACUGGCACAAUGUGGCUUUGUGAGCAAACCAAGCUGGAGUUGGUGUGACGUGUCCUGUAGGUGUAUAUGUGUUAGUGUGUGGUGUGUGUGGUGUGAGUGUGCACGCUCACAGUAUCAUAAAUACCUAUGACCUAUUUCUCAGAACAGUGAAAUGCAACCUCAUUGACUUGGCAUUAAUCUAAUAUUAAUCAACAUGUUCAAAAUCAUUGCAACCUUUGCUGGAUAUACAGUAUAUAUAUAAAAAAUGUACCCAUUCAGUAGAUGUCACCGAAAUUGCAUGGGUGUCAAGAACAAUACUAAUAUAAAUUGAUGGUGGUCCCCAUCCCACAACCAUUCCCUAACCUUUCCCUGAUGAAGCUAUACUUUUUUAUUGGAAAACAUGACCAUGACUUACGUCUUUGUCUUUUUUAUGGUUUUCUUUUUCCUUUUUUUGUAUGUAUACUGUUUUCAACUCUUACAUUCUUUGUCUCACCCUCCUCUUAACUGUACAUUAUUAAU